GGGAUUGGUCGUGUCGGGGACGGGCUUCGGGAGCCGAGACAGACCGAGUGACAGCGUCUGAUUCCCGGGGAAGAACAUCACGGAGCGUCCCUGGAAAAGGACCCUCCAGCACAGCCAAGAUGCCUAACAAAACCAAGAAGGAGAAGGUAAGCUGGCGGCUCUGUGGCUGCAAUAUUAGACAUUUUACAUUUUGACGUAACAGGGUGGCGUUGGUGCAGCCGUUAUUAUAGAUAAUAAAGACUUGAGUCGUUAUAUUUUAUCGAGCAGAAGCUAGUUGUCCUGUCCGGCUAACCCGCUAAGGCCCCGCUAGUAGAGGACGGGUGAGCUUGACUCUGACUGCUGGGCUGCCAACAGCUUCAAGGACCUGUGUAGUUGCGCAGGUAUCUGUUAAAACAGCACCUUAGCAGCUAUGUCAAGCUGUCUGGAUGUUAAAACGACACGUUAAUCAGCUGUCGGGGAGGGUCUUUGCUAACGACGUUAGCUGGUGACAUUUAGCGGGAUGCUGCUGUUGAAGCUCCGGGGAGGAACCGCUGCCUCUGCCCGUUAAUAAUUCAUCUCGUAGAAAACAGGCCGGGUCAGAUAUAAACUCUUGCAGACUGUCGAUCUUCCUUGCAUGCCUGCCUCAAUUAAACAUGCAAUAUGUGAUGCUAACCAGGCAGGGGCGUGUUCAGAGGGUGGCCAGGGUUGGCAUGUCCUUAUCUUGUAGAACCAAAUAGGGUACCCAAGAGGCGACUCUACCAUCUUAAAAGAUUGGCUUAUUCCCUCAUCUGUUUAAAGAAAACAUACACUGUUAAUAGAAAUCUUGAGCCACCAGUGGUGUGCAGUUGCCUGGGCUCAUGAGACACCAGAUGAUAUAUGAUGUUACCAGGAAUGAAAGUUCUCUAUAACUAUGACAGAUUGAGUCCAUUUCAUAUUUAUUUGUACAGUGGUGCUUGCGUCAACUGAAGGAUAACAGAAUAAAAGCAAGGACGAUUGGUGUAAAAAUAAUAUGGUUGUUUUUACUAGGGAUGCACUGAAACCACCAAAAAUUUGGGCCGAAAAUGGCCCCAAUGUGCAUUUCCUGUUUUGGCCGAAAGACUUAUCACCGAAACAACAUGACCGAAACCAAUAUUGUAAUGGCACAAGCAAAAACUGCAGCCAGCACCAGCUUGUCUGGAUAAUGGCCAGCAUGUCUGUGGUGUAAAUGUGUUUCAGUAUAUCUGAGAACCACAGGUAGCAAUUUACACUACAGGCCAAAAGUUUGGAAGCAAAGCCAUUACAGGCCGAACAGUUGGGAGUAACUUCAAGUUUUUGUUCACAAUGCUUUUUUUAAAAUCCAGCAUGAGUUUUAUGUAUUUUGGGAUGUAUACUCCAUGAUCAGAUGUUGCUUUCAUGGAAAUGCACAAUUUUACUCCAUUUACCUUUAGAUACAUUGACGUUAACAGACCAUUGCUAAUUGUCAGCAAAAGGUAUUAAGGGCUUAGUUUUAGGGUUGAAAACAUUUGCAAGAAUGACAACCUCAGUGCAAGAGCAAAAAAUAAAAUCACAGUUGGAUUAUUCACUUCAACUUUUUAGCUUUUGAGAGUCUGCAUACAAAAAUCCUAAUAAAUCUUAACUGUGUUCAAACUACCGCAAAAAUGACUAGAAAGAAGCAACUGAGUAAAGAAACAAAAGUACAGAUUUGUACAUUUAGGAAAGAAAGAUACACAGAAAGAGAAAUUGCAAAACACCUACAGGUGUUUAACAAAAGAGUCCACUACACUCUGAAGAGACUAGAGGAACCUGGAAGUUAUGAUGAUCGAAAAAGACCUGGACUAAAGAGAGUUACUACAAAAGCAGAGGAUAAACAUAGCAUUGUCACCAGUAAGAGAGAUCAGCAAAAGACAGCACCAAAAAUAAGGGAGGAAAUCAACAUGACAAGGUCGAAACCCAUAUCUCUUACUACGGUGAAAUGACGUUUGAGAAAGGCUGGUCUGAAGGGUUGUGUAUCUGAAAAAAAACACUACUUCGUCCACAGAAGAAGAAAAAGAGAUAUGAGUGGGCAAAAGCUCACAAAAAUUGGACUUAUGAUGACUAGAAACAAGUUUGCACUGUUUGGUUCAAAAUGCAGAGUCUAUGUCCGCAGAUAAACUGGUGAACAUCUGAGAGCACCAUGUGUUACAACCGCAAUUCAGCAUGGAGGUGGUAGUUCCAUGGUAUGGGGAUGUUUUGCAGGUGAUGGAGUAGGAGAUUUGUUUGAAGUAAAGGUAAAGUAUAAUGAAGAAGGAACAGUACCACUCCAUCCUCCAGCACCAUGCUGUUCCAUCUGGACUCAGACUUGUGGCUCAUAAGUUUGUUUUGCAGCAAGACAAUGACCCUAAGCACUCUGCCAAGCUCUGUCAGGGUUACCUAGACUAAAAAGAAGAGGAAGGUGUUCUUCCUCGGGAGAUUUUUUUUGUUCUUUUAUUAUCAUGUGAUCGACUCAAUAUGUAAACUGAGCACUUCAGAAAUCGGCCCUUUAAAUGACACUUGGACGGUCAGCAAAUCCUCCUGGCUCCUUCGCUGACGAGAACCAAUCAUAGGCCAAACUGCGUUCCAUUAUUCCAAUCAUGCGCACACUCUUCACGUGUACUUGGUGUGCUUGGAGAGCCUGUGGUAGCACUGCAAAGCUGCGAGAACGAGAAGCAGAACUUAUCCACGCCGGUGUUGUGCCGUAGAAUGCACCCCUACCGUAGAAUGCCCCCCUGACGGGAGCGCGGUUGAAAGUACACAACAAGGCGAAAUAAUCCAAGUUUUGAGCCAUCUAAAAUAGCAAAAGCGGGCGUCUCGCGUUUACUGCUCUGCAGGGCUCUCAAGUCUCACGCAUUCAGCGUGUGACACACACAUUCCCACCCGUUCACACGCUCACACGCCACACAUUGUAUUUCUCACGCAUUUAUAUGAACAUGGUGAUGUUACACCUCUGUAACAAUGGAACAGGUAGAAAUCAACUGAGUUCCUCCGAGAGUUCAGAAGCUGCGUGCCACGCGCAAGCCAAUCAAAUAAAGUAUAUCUACUGAACAGCCAAUCAAAAAGCAGCAUUGCUGUAUCCGGGUAGAUUUUGAUAUCUUGUGGUUUGACUACAGAAGAAGACAGACACUCGCCGAAAUAGAGCAGGUUUUUAUAAGGACGAGAUAGACCCGAUGAUUACAGUAAGUCAGUAACCUACACAUGCAGAGACCUCAACACCUCAUGCCAGAUAAACUCAUAUGAUAAACUAAAGCCCUAUGCUAUUGCUAUUAACAGCUGUAUUGAUGAAUUUAGCCUCUGUACAGCCAUUUCCAGCCAUUCUCCCCUCCACAAAAGCAGCAUUUCUCAUAUAUUCUUUUUAAAGUUCUGAUACUCAUGACAGUGUAAUGCUCAUGUACCAAAGGAUUAAGUAUCUCCAUGUUUGUGAAACCUAUACUAAAGAACAAUUCAUCUAAAUGCUCCACAGUGCUGAUUUUAGCAACUCUCCUCCACAACAGGUAACUUUACGACUUUAUUCUUAUAUAUUAUUGACUUUAUUCUCCUAAAUAAUAUUGUCUUUAACUUUAUUGUCUAAGAUUUAAAAACGUUUUUUUGUCUUAAUGUGGCCCUCACUCUUUGUUGUAUUUAAGAGAUUAUCAUAGUAUUAUACUAAUAAUUAUCUUCAAUCACCCCCCCCCCCCCCAAAUCAGCAGUAUCUUUUUAAUGAACUUAAGAAAGCCUGGAGUGCAAUCCCUGAAACAUACCUUAAAAAAUUUGUGGAACGAAAACCUUGUAUGCCAAGCUGUUGUUAAAGCCAGAGGAGGUUACUUUAAAGAAAGCAAAGUCUAAGCAACAAUAACUCAAAUACCCAAUAAUUAUAGUCAAAAUGUCUUCUGAUAAGUUACUCUUUACACAAAAGUCAUGUUUAUUGUGUUGCAAAUUAUAUGAAACUAUGAUCUUUUUUUGUACAAAUCUGAUCUUUCUUCCAACCUUUUGGCCUGAAGUGUACAUAGUGUGUUAUUUUGAAAUUUUAAGAGUGGGUUAAUCUACAAAGAGUUCUUCACGUCGGAUUUAAUUUAUCACCUGAAAUCCAAACAUCCUGGUAACAGGAAAACAGGAAAAUUCCUCUGAACACAUCCACUUCAUCUAUGGGGGAUGCUGUAGCCAUAUACACACUUUUAUUCAUAGAUUUAACAGAAGUCAACAUUGCAAGGCCAACUAAUGUUCAGCUCCCGCUCUCAGCUACUUAAAGGGAAACAUACUGAUGCCACUUCUUCUAGACGCAUCUCUACCGCUCACAACUAGGGAUGGGUCCGAAUAUUCGGCGCCGAAAAUAUUCGGCCGAAAAGCAUCAAAAAUGAAUUUUCGGUUUUCGGCCGAAUAGAUGUUAUGGCUGAAAAAAAUUACCGAAUAGUGUGGAUAAACAUAUGUCUAGACCAGGGGUCGGCAACCUUAAACACUCAAAGAGCCACUUGUUUCCCACAGAAAAGAAAACACAGGGAGCCACAAAACCUCUUUGACAUCUAAAAUGAAGAUAACAUUGCAUAUAUCUUUUUUUUUUUUACCUUUAUACAAAGUAUAUAAAAAACUGUAGCGAGUUGCAUUUAUGAAAUAAAUGAACUAUUUCGGCGAGUGUCUGUCUUCUUCUGUAGUUAAACCGCAAGAUAUCAAAAUCUACCCGGAUACAGCAAUGCUGCUUUUUGAUUGGCUGUUCAGUAGAUAUACUUUAUUUGAUUGGCUUGUGCGUAGCACGCAGCUUCUGAACUCUCGGAGAAACUCAGCUGAUUUCCACCUGUUCCAUAGUUAAAGAAGUGCAACUUGGUGGACAUCACCGUGUUCAUUUAAAUGCGUGAGAAAUACAAUGUGUGGUGUGUGAGCGUGUGAACGAGUGGGAAUGCGUGUGUCAUACGCUGAAUGCGUGAGACUUGAGAGCCCUGUGCUCACGCAUCAUCGAUGUACUCCCGAGCCAUGCAAAACGGUCUUUGCACUGAAUGCCUUCCUUUUCAGUCUUGGUGAAGUAUUCCCACACCACUGAUGUUUUAGGUCGGGAUUUGGGUUGGGUUGUGUCCAUGUUUUUCUUAGCCGCUGCCUCGGCCAUGGCUGUUUCUUUUCUGUGCGUCCUGCUGAUGUUUACACGCCGGUGUCCAUGGACAUAUAUAAAGACCCGACGAAUCGAUUACAGAAUUUGUUGGCAACGGAUUUUUUCGUCACGACGAAUCUACUUAAUCGAUUCGUUGUUGCAGCCUUAAUAGUUUAUUUAAUGUUAAAAGAGCAUUAUAAUCUUUGAAUUUAGAAUUACAAAAAAAAAAAUAAUAAUAAUAAAAUAAAAUGCAAUUAAGUAUUUAUUAUUUAUUUUCCAAAUCCACUGGGAGCCGCAGCAUAGGGAAGAAAGAGCCGCAUGCGGCUCCAGAGCCGCGGGUUGCCGACCCCUGGUCUAGACUGAACUCUCAAAAACGGAAAACGCAGACGGCGCUGUUUUCCCUGUUUUAGUGGCAUGUUGAUGACGUAAUCGGAACGCGACAAGAGGCAAGCCGGUGUUGUGCCGUAGAAAGCACCCCCGCCGUAGAAUGCACCCCCUGCCUCCCAUCCACUCGUUAGCUUCUUAAAGUGAAAGAAAAUGAUCUCAUAUUUUAAAAAACACGACUAUUUGAUCGUUACAACUUUCGUUCUGAUUUUAUCUGUCUCAAAAAUGCACAUACGGAGGUGUGCUUGGGUAUAUAAACUGUACAGUAAACUGUCAAGCUGGCAUACAUUAUAUUUUCGGGACAGCAAAUAUUCUGAAUCAGAGGGCUAUUUUUUUGGCUUAUCUGAAUAGCCUGAAUGAAGUUAUUAAAGGCACACGCUUUUGAAUUCAUCCAAUGGUAAGGAAAACUUGGAUUAUUUUCGCCUUGUUAAGUACUUUCAACCGCGCUCCCGUCGGGGGUGCAUUCUAAGGCAUAACACCGGCAUGCUGAUACGACGCACACGAUACGUGCAGCUGUCUUGGCUCGAAGCCGUUCAACCGGCAUGUCUGCGGUUUGGAAAUAUAUCGACAUAUCAGAGAAAGAUGGUCUGAUGGCAAUUUGUAAACUCUGCUCUGCUGAAGUGUCUCGAGGUGGUGUGACGGCAAAACUUUUAUUACAUCGGGGCUAAUCAACCACUUGAGCGCUAAACAUAAGGACGAACAUGACGAGUUUAAGAAACUCACUGCACAAAAGUUUGCACAAUCGUAUGUGCAUGCAUGUAAGUGUAUUUAUUGUUGAAGGCCUCAGGCCUGGAUUUGUGUUUACUGUUGCACAAUCAUGUAUAUGCAUGCACGUACCUGCAUUUAUUUUAUUUAUUUUGCAUAUGUGCAUUUUAUUUUAUUUACUUUAGGCUAUCCUACAGGGAAAAUUGCACUUUUUUUGUAUUGUUAUUGCAAGGAUGUUAUUUACUUAAUUUUAUUUUAUUGAAUGUUAUUGUUAUAGCAUUGUUAUGUCAUGUGCUGAAGCUGAAUACAUGUUUCAUGGUUCAAACAUAAAGUGAUUAAUAUUUAAGUUUGCCAGGUUUUGCCAUAAUCAGGUAGCUUUAAAACAAAUGUAUGGCAAUGACAGCAAUUGUACAAAAAUUGCUUGGUGAUAAAAAUUCAUAAUUUAUAUACAUAUUUAUUAAUCAUAUUCGGCUAUUCGGUAUUCGGUUAUUCGGCCAAGUGUUUCUUAUAUUCGGUAUUCGGUUUCGGCCAAGAUUUUCCCAUUCGGUCCAUCCCUACUCACAACACUUCUUCUCUUAGAACUUUUUGCCCCUGACUCCCGGGUGCCAUCUAGAGGUGUAAGCGACACAGAACAUGCAGCAACACACUGACUCAAAAACUUAAAACUCAUGUUGCAAAGAAAUUAAUACUAAUAAAAUAUUUCAAGUUAAUUAAUAUUAAUUUAUGUGGUUGCAAUGCCUUAAUUUUAGUAAGAUAAGUACAGUCAUCACCAUAAAUGCAAUGGUACUAAUAAUUGGCAUAAUAAGUUCUUUUGGUGUUUCAGUUUUUGGCCAAGAAUUUUCGUUUCGGUGCAUCCCUAGUUUCUACUGUCACCUAUGUGUUGCACCUGAAUUACUCCACACCUGUGGCACUUCAGUGUGAUCAUACUGCGCGUUGUCAAGUUCAAAGUAGUGUUUAUUGGACUUUGAUUGUGGACACGAACAUCAGUGUUUGUUACCCCAUCCCAUCAUGUCUGGUUAUGCCUGAACAUGUCAUGUUUGAGUACAUUUUACAUCCUGGUGAGACUUUCGGUUUUUAACGACAUUUUAAGCCACCCUGUAUUAAAGUAGUCACAAUGAAGGCUUAUCUGUUGCUCACAAACUUUAUAAAGAGGAUGUCUCGGUUUUCUUUUUCCCACCACAGAAAACACUGAAGCAUGAAGGCUUACAUAACCGGAUUAGUAUGUCGAACAUUUUUAGUCAAAAGGUUUUUUUUUUUUGUUUUAAUCCCUGUAUUGGGGUCAUGAGAACAAGACAAGAUGAUAAUGCAACUCUAUUUUUAAGAAAACUGAAACUGUAAAAUACAAGAAUUCAAGAAGCCAAUUAAUUUGUAAUCUGGGAUUUUUGGACCUGCAGAAGGGACCCAUGUCUACUAUCAAACCUGUCAGAAACAAAUGUGAAAAGCAGAGUGAUGAAAAGGGGAAAUCUCAGUCUGCUUCCAUAAGAGCUCUCAUAUGUGGGGCUGUACUUUCCAUCAAGUAUUCAGGCUGAUAUCUGUGAAGAACUCACUUGGAUGUUUUUUACUAACAGCAGUAAACAGGAUUAGCUGCUAGUGUUUAUUAGUGUGACUGUGCAAUAACUUUUAAGAACAGUAUGAUGUUGCCUCCACCUGAAGAAACAGUAAAUAGCAUAGGGCCAAUACUGUCAGGUAGAAUCCAGUGUUUGGUCCGACAGGAUUUGAUGCGCUCGUUGAUGACUCAAAACAAAUUGAAAAUCAUGUCGUGUGUUGCUGUGCUCACACAGUGCGAGUUGAAAUCAUAAGUGGCGCAUUGAUAUAAUGAUCAUGUGAAAUUUCAAUAGUGCCGCAUGUAAUUCAUCAGCGGCGGUGCGCAGCUGCUAAAUAAAUGUAGGGCUGCUCACUUCACUGCUACUUUUAUGGCAGUAAGCAAGCACAGCUUCAGGGACCAUUAUAAUUCUUCUAAAACCGGCUUUUAGUAUAGGAGAUGUAGCAGAGUCCCAAGCAGUUGGAAAUUGACCAAUUUACAGCCUACCUCAUCAAGAAGCUGCACAUACAGCAUGACAAGUGCCAGUAAAAGUUUCAUACUAUUUUGUCCCAGCCACUCAAAUGACCAAGUAAGCAGGACAAGUGUCCUGCUUCGACCGACCAGUGACGAUCAGUCACUACAGGGGGAGAGGCUCACACAGCGAGGAUCCUCUACAACGUUUCACAUACGCAUGCACAUACACAGAGCAGCAAUCUGGUGUAAACAUCAGUAUUAACUGGUUAAACUUCAUCACCAGAGUCUCCCUGAUUAAUACACCUGUCUCCUCUCAUCUACACAGACCCACCUGUGUUCACAAAGCUACAGCUUUCACAGGAGGACAUCACACCACGCCACUGUUUAACGGAGAUCUGGCAUAAAAUAACAGAGGAAAACGUGACCCAAAAAAUGUAAAACGUCCUGAUCUCUGUCCACCACACAUCCGAGCAGAGACAUAACUGAACAAACCUUCAGGAAAAAUUUCUUACCUACACUUUCGAGUCUAAAACAGUCAGCAUUAUCAGUCAUCCAGCUCCAGCAGAUCAAUAAUCCACCGAUAUUAGUCACAUCCCGUGUCUUGCGGUCAGCACGUUUCAUCCAUUUUCAUUGUGUGAAAAAAAGUUUUAGCUCACUUUAGCUUCACGUGUUCUGAUAGAGGCUGACAGCAGAAGCAUCACUGGACUUGGUACAAAGUCCAGACCACAGGUCCAGAGAGGCCGUGACUAACUUACCGAGUUGGAACCGAGAUGCGUUCUGUGUGCCGGUGGAAGAAGACCAGGGGGGUAUUCCACGAAGCUGGCUAAAGAGGGCUGGGCUAUCGCCUGUAAUCGUGGCUUGAAUAAGCGGCCACGUUAAUCUUAGCUGCGACUCGUUCCACUAACGAGGCUCAGCUGUUUUUCGGAGACGCUUAUUCUAGCCAGGCUUAUCCAAGCCGCGGCUAUGCGCGCCUCCGCGGUACAUAAAACGCCCCGAUGUAUCGAUUGUCGAAAUGACGAGAUCAUGGGAAAAAAAAGGGCAGAGCGAAGUCUUUCUCAGCGGUGGAGCAAACACUCCUCAUGGAGUUGUAUGAAGAGUACAAGGGAAAAAUUCAAAAGAAGGGCAACACUGUUGCCAUUGUGAAAGCCAGGGAGAUGGCGUGGUAAAGUAUCACGGACCGUUUAGAUCGUAAGUUAUAGCUGACAAAUAUUUUACAACCGACACAUGUCUCGAUGCAGUCAGCCUGCUUGGCUGUCUAAUUUUAUUCCUCUCUUCUGCGUAUGUACUGUAAACACUUUGUUUUUACUUUUCAUCUCAUGUGCAGCUCACUCAUACAGUCUGUCAGCCUCUGUGCAGCCCCUUCGCAGCAAGCAGGGGCGCCUACAGCAGCAGGGGGCGCCAAUUUGACAAGAGUUAAUACAAAACCGCGGUGCAGUGCAGAUUUAUUAUUAUUAUUAUCUUUUUUCUUUCUUUUUUGGAAGUGCUCGUGCCGCCCCCCAUGAGUCAUGACACAAAUGCUGCCCCGGGCGGCUGCCAGGUUCACCCGUGCCUAGAACCGCUACUGUACUGUAGGCAUAAUUCAUGUUCUUGAUUUGACAAAUAGAUAUCCAUAAUGGAUUAGUAUAGCAGCUACAGGUAAGACUUAAAACCAAAGUAGACAAACUUAGACAAAAAGUGAAGAAAAACAUGUACCUGGAGAUGUCUUUUUUUUAAAUUUAUUUAUUUAUUUUUUAUUUGGGAUGAUAGUGGCACAGCGCCCUUCAUUUAAAUAGGGGAGAAGACACAAAUGAGCUUUACAAAGAGUAGUCAUGUCGUCAUUUGCCAUCACCUUUACAUUAUCAUCAUCAUAAUCAGAAUGGACCACUGGUGAAAGGAAAGUUAUUUUAAUGGGAAAUUGUUGCUGUUGUCACCUUCAGUGUUUUGGAUGAGAUCGUUUGUGCCUUUAUUCUGUUAUGUGUUGACAGUACAUUGAGAGUCACAGAAUAAAAGAAAGAAAAUCAGAUAUUUCCAAAUAAUUACCGCUGACGGGAUCGAACCCACAGUGAAAAACACAUUUUACCGGCACGUUUCUUUACCCACUCAGCUACUGAAGUUCUCUUUCUCUUUGAGUUUGGCGUAGCAUUGGGCAUGUCUGGAUUCACGUAUUCCUAUGUUGUUUUUAAAAAGCUCUCAAUUUAUUUUUCCGCACAAGAGUAUCAUUUAUUACAGAUGAAGAUGAAAUUACUGUGUGACAUGCGGUUCACAAAGCGUCUUCUGGAAGCCUGUCGGACCUUCUCUGAGACGCAGCUAAGGUUAGCUUGACCGUAAGCCUGCCUGGGACCAGGCUUGUUGCGCUGGCUGAGUUACCAUGGUUACCAAGCCACGCUAGACCUAAGCCUCGUUUGUGGAACCGAACUCUAACUAAAAUUAGCCAGGCUAACCGAAAUAAGCCAGGCUUUGAGCUAAGCCAGCUUCGAGGAAUACCCCCCCAGGAGUUAAACAACUGAGCCAGCCGACCAGAAACAGCGCUAAAAACUUUUUUUCACGCGAAUGGAUUAGACGCUGACCGUGAGGCUGUAAACGGGAUUCAAACAGGAUGUAAAUGGGAAUAAUAUUGGUGGAUUAUUAUCCUGUUGGAGCUGGAUGAGUGAUAAUGCUGACUGUUUUAGACACCAGAGUGAAGGUAAGACAUUUUUCCCUCCGUUAUUUUAUGUCAGAUCUCCAUUAGACAGUGGAGAUGAUGAAGUUUAUUACACUUAACACCGAUGUUUACAUCUGAUCGCUGCUGCUGCUUCGUGCAUGCAUGUGUGUGUGUGGAUCCUCGAUAUGUUACUGGAGGUUUUAGCCUCUCUUCCGGUUGGUGGCUGUGUUUAUCAAACAUUGCACCAAAAAUUGAGGAUCUUUGCAAGGCAAAACAGGCUCAGGUCUCUCAUUAACGUCGCCUGGGGGGGGGAUUCGUUCUGUGUGUGUGUUUGUGUGUGUCUGUUGUCAACUGCGUUGAACCAGCUUUGGGGAGUUUCAUGAAUUAAAGGGGACCUGCAAUCAAAAUUUCAUCCCCAUUUUUAUCAUUUUUUCAUAAUCCUUGAUGUCCUCUGAUCAUGUUUGCAACAUAAUUUUAGCUGAAAAGUUAUUUGAUGGUUUGUUUCAAACCAUUUUAGUAUGCCUAAAAAACCUUACAGGAAAACUAAUUGACUUUGGCUCAUUAACAUUUAUGGUAAUUAGCUUUGCUCUGAUUGGAUCGCUGCUGUGAAGCCUGCUGUGCUCUGAUUGGCUCAGCAGUGGAGGUUCAGAUUUCGGUUUAUCCAUUCUGCUAAUGUGUGCUAAAGUAAAGUGACCCGAUGUCUGUAAUAAAAUCCGGGGACAUUCGGUGCGGUGGCAGGGGGUGCAGGGGCUGCGUGAUCACAGACAACAUCUCGGUACUAUUUAGUAGCAGCGCAUGCCCCUUGUAAUAACCCCGUAAAAACUGUUGUUCAGGACUGCUUACUUGUGCUUCCUACCCAUUCCGCUACUGUAAUAACCAUUGUUCGAGCCCACACGCAACAUUUUUGUUCUCAUUCAUGAAACGCUUAAAUCGGGGACAUGUUCAGGGACAGCUUUUGCCGGGGACAGGACAUCCAAUUCGGGGACUGUCCCUGGAAAUCGGGGACAUCUGGUCACCUUAUGCUAAAGGCUAAAAAUGGCAGGUAUUAAACCAUACAUUUUUGACCCCGAGUCCGAGUCCGAAGAGGAGGUGGACGUUGAAGAAGCCGGAGAACGAAAGAACUAAUUUCGGUGCUCCAGCUGUGUUUUCUCAUUCAUUCUGCCCAGCUUUAAGUUCAUUUUCCCGGCAGUGAACCCAAGGAAACACUAGUCGUUUGGAAAAGGCCCAUAGCGGAUACAGUGGUAGCUGGUACUGGCUCUGGCUGGAGAGUGAUGAGUGACUGAGUACGAGAACGAGAGAGUGGGCAUGGCUCACUGAGGACACGCUCGUGAAUAAUAAUAAGCAAGGUCAGCUUGACGUCAGAAUGACCUGCUUUUUCAAUCGGCCUGGUUUACCCGUUUCUUUAUUUUAAACCUUUACAGAAUGCAAACGAUGUAACGGUUUAUUUUCACAUUUACAACAUAAGAUGAAUAUAAUAUGGACCUAAUCUGACACAUAAACAUGCAAAAAUUACAUUUUUGAUGGCAGGUCUCCUUUAAUAUUAAUUUGAUAUUAAAUGUUAGUAUUGAUUUAAUAUUAAUUUAUUCAAUUGCAAUGCCUUGAUUUUAGUGAGGUUACACAGUCAUAGUCAUAAAUGCAAUGGUACUAAUAAUUGGCAUAAUUUUCUGUGUUUCUUUUUUUGGCGCUGGAUUCCUUAUUUUCGGUUUUUGUUUUGAGCCAAGAAUUCUCAAUUUGGUGCAUCUCUACUUGUGAGACAGCUUGGCUUUUCACCUUGUUGGGAAAUACUCCUCUGCUUUGGUGACACAAGAUCUUGUUGCAUAAGAUUUCACCCACAUUCUAAGACAUUGAAAGAAAAGUGGUGAAUGGUGAAAAAAAACUGUUAUCCCCAAUAAUCUGUCGAUGUUGAUCAAACAUCUUGUUUUGGUAGAUUUCACUGGGGCUUCUGUCACAGAAUUAGUGGUGUGUCGGUCUUGAACGAACGGAUCAAAAGAACUAGUUCUUUUUGAUGAACGAAAUGAACUAGUUCUCCCCCUCCAAAUGACCCGUUCAAACCGUUCAGUUCUUUUGAUUGGCUGAAGAGGGACUGCUUGCCUGUCUUAUCCUAUCGUCGUGCCUUGUUCUGUGUGUGGGUGGGGCUUAGAGAAGCAGCAGCAGUACUACUGAGCUGACUGAAAGACCGGAAUGACCGAGUUGACUGAAAGAACGGGUCAAAUGAACGAAAGACCUAGUUGACUGAAAGAACGGGUCAAAUGAACGAAAGACCUAGUUGACUGAAAGAACGGGUCAAAUGAACGAAAGACCGAGUUGAACGAAAGACCGAGUGAACAAAAGAUCCAGACGGAUGAACGAGUUGAACGAAAGACCGAGUGAACGAAAGACCGAGUUGAACGAAAGACCCAGACCGAUGAACGAGUUGAACGAAAGACCGAGUGAACGAAAGACCCAGACGGAUGAACGAGUUGAACAAGAGACCGAGUGAACGAAAGACCCAGACGGUGAACGAGUUGAACGAGAGACCGAGUGAACAAAAGAUCCAGACCGAUGAACGAGUUGACUGAAAGACCGAGUUGAGUGGCCGCCGCACGAGGCCCGACAGCCGAGCCGGAGCGAGCGGGACAGUCACACACACACAAAGGCACACAGCUGCUGCUGCAGCAGCCAGAGGCAGAGAGACAACUAUUAAUACGCAUUUGCACUGUCUGUUGCUGUUGUCUGUACUUUUUAUUAUUGUUUUUAAUGCACCUCAAAAUAAUAAAAACCAUUAAUAAUAUAAUACCGUAUAUAUUUUGUUAGUGUGCAAGUAGUGCAGUGAGAUCGCAGCGUUGGACCGAGUGGACCGGGGGUGGGAAGUGGAGAGUGCAGCGGCCACAGCGUCGGACCGCGGGGGGGGGGGGGUGGGGGGGGGGGGGUGGGGGUGGCUGACAAAUGACCGAAAUGACCGAAAAGAACGGGUCUUUUUAUUGACCGACCCGGAAUGAUCCGGUUCACUGAAAUGACCGGUUUUGCCCACCACUACACAGAAUUCAUCACACGUUUCUUGUAUUAAAUUGGGUCCUAAUUAUGGUUUCACAGAGUUUAGGAGUAUCUGCUGAAUCAGAAGAAAGAGGACAGAGGGAUUUGAUCACCCAGCUGCCUGACAUAGGCCACCAAACUCUUGCGAAGACUCUUGGUGACUGUCAGGUGUCACCCACUUAUGGCAUCCAGGGGUCAAAAGCUGCACAACCAAAGUACCAGCACAUGUGCUGUCUCCUUUUGAGCUUGACGCUUUAUGCAAGAUUUUUGUAUUUUUUCUGUUGAAGAGUUUAGUAAAAACAUGCUUUUGUCUAAAUUUGUAUGAUUUUAUUGUUUCCUUUUUUCCAGAUCAUGUAGCCAAGUAGCACUUCUUGUAACUAAAUCGAAGAAUUUACAGCCGAUCCACAUGACUGAUCUGUUGGUAUUGGCACUUAUGGCUAAUGGGUAGCAGUAAUUGGCAGCAUACAACCUGCUCGGAGCAUCCCUAAUCAUUCUCUCCUCAUUAAUUAGAAAUUAUACUAUAUGUUUUAUGACAUGAUGUGUCCACUGUAUUUUAGUUUGUUAAAAACUGGUGGUUAAAAUCUGCUCUGGGAUAUUCUGACUUCAUUUCAACAUUGUAAUCCUGGAUACUGCUCAUUUGGUCAUGUUAAAAUCAACUUUUGGACUGUAAUUCUUUUCAUGUAAACACUGAACAUUUUAUAUAUAUAUUUAAACACUACAGGCAAAAAGUGUGGAAGCAAGAUCAGAUUUGUACAAAAAAAGAUUGUAGUUUCAUAAAUAUAAUUUGCAACACAAUAAACAUGACUAUUGGGUAAAGGGUAACUUAUCAGAAAACAUUUUGACUAAAAUUAUUAGGUAUUUGAGUUAUUGUUGCUUAGACUUUGCUUUCUUUAAAGUAACCUCCUCGGGCUUUAACAACAGCUUGGCAUAUACCAGGCAUUCGUUCCACAAGUUUUCUACGGUAUGUUCCAGGGAUUGCAUUCCAAGCCUUCUUAAGUUCAUUAAAAAGAUGUGCUGAUUUGUGGGACGCGUUUUUCUGACCGAUCGAUCCAAUUCAUCCUGCACAAGCUCAAUUGGAGAAAGGUCUGGAGACUGAGGGGUCCAAACCAUCUUUUAAAGAAGACCUUCCUCUUCUUUUUUGAAUAGGUAACCCUGACAGAGCUUGGCAGAGUGCUCAGGGUCAUUGUCUUGCUGCAAAACAAACUUAUGAGCCACAAGUCUGAGUCCAGAUGGAACAGCAUGGUGCUGGAGGAUGGAGUGGUACUGUGCCUUCUUCAUUAUACCCUUUACGUCAAACAAAUCUCCUACUCCAUCACCUGCAAAACAUCCCCAUACCAUGGAACUACCACCUCCAUGCUGAAUUGUGAGUGUAACACAUGGUGCUUUCAGACGUUCACCAGUUCAUCUACAGACAUAGACUCUUCAUUUUGAACCAAACAGUGCAAACUUGUUUCUAGUCAUAAGUCCAAUUUUUGUGAGCUUUUGCCCACUCAUAUCUCUUUUUCUUGUUCUGUGAAUGAAGUAGUGUUUACACACAACCCCUCAGACCAGCCUUUCUCAAACGUCAUUUCACGGCUGUCACCGAUAUGGGUUUCGACCUUGUCAUGGUGAUUUCCUACCUUAUUUUUGGUGCUGUUUUUUGCUGAUCUCUCUAACUGGUGACAAUGCUAUGUUUAUCCUCUGCUUUUGUAGUAACUCUCUUUAGUCCAGGUCUUUUUCUAUCAUCAUAACUUCCAGGUUCCUCUAGUCUCUUCAGAGUGUAGUGCACUCCUUUGUUAAACACCUUUAAGUGUUUUGCAAUUUCUCUUUCUGUCUAUCCUUCUUUCCUCAAUGUACAAAUCUGUACUUUUUUGUAUUUUGUAUUUUUUGUAUGCAGACUCUCAAAAGCCAAAAAGUUGAAGUGAAUAAUCCAACUGUGAUUUGUUUUUUUUUGCAUUUGCACUGAAGUUGUGACUCUUGCAAAUGUUUUUAACCCUAAAACUAAGCCCUUAUUAUCUUUUGCUGACAUAUAUUUAGCAAUGGCCAGUUAACAUUAAUUAUAUCUAAAGGUAAAUUUGGAGUAAAAUGGUGCAUUUCCAUGAAAGCAACAUCUGAUAAUGGAGUAAAUACAUCCCAAAAUACAUAAAACUCAUGCUGGAUUUAAAAAAAAAGCAUUGUGAACAAAAACUUGGAGUUACUCCCAACUGUUCGGCCUGUAAUGGCCUUGCUUCCAAACUUUUGGCCUGUAUACAGUGCAUCCUGAAAGUAUUCAUACCACUUAAAUUUUUCCACAUUUUGUUGUUACUGCCUCAUUCCAAAAUGAACUAAAUUCCUGUUUUCCUUCAAAAAUUCUACAUAAAAUACCCCAUAAUGACAAAGCAAAAAACCUUUUUUAGAGAAUUUUGCAAAUUUAUUAAAAAUAGGAACACUCAAAUGUUUCGCAUACACAAGUAUUCACACCCUUUACUCAAUACUUUGUCUAAGUACCUUUGGCAGCGAUUACAGCCUCCAGUCUUAUGGAGGACUGUGUAUGAUGUAACAAGCUUGGCAUACCUGGAUUUGGGGAGUUUUUCCCAUUCUUCCUUGCACAUCCUCUCAAGCUCUGUGAGGUUGGAUGGGCAGCGUCGGUGCACAGCUACUUUCAGAUCUUUCCGAAGAUGUUCAAUCGGGUUCAAGUCUGGGCUCUGGCUGGGCCACUCAAGGAAAUUCAGAGACUUGUCCUGAAGCCACUCCUUUGUCUUCUUGGCUGUGUGCUUAGGGUCAUUUUCAUGCUGGAAGAUGAAGCGUUGCCCCAGUCGAAGAUCUUGAGCGCUCUGGAGCAGGUUUUCAUUAAGGAUUUCGAUGUACUUAGCUACAUUCAUUUUUCCCUCGAUCCUGACAAGUCUCCCAGUUCCUGCCACUGAAAAACAUCCCCACAGCAUGAUGCUGCCACCACCAUGAUUCACUGUAGGGAUGGUAUUGGCGAGGUGGUGAGUGGUGCCUGGUUUCCUCCAGACAUGAUGCUUGGCAUUCAGGCCAAAGAGGUCGUUCCUCAUUUCAUCAGACCAGAGAAUUUUGUUUCUCUUGGUCUGUGAGUCCUUCAGGUGCCUUCUAGCAAAGUCCAAGCAGGCUGUCGAGAAACAUUUCAAGGCUGAUCAGUGGAAACAGGAUGCACCUGAGCUCAAUUUUGAGUUUUAUAGCAAAGGGUGUGAAUACUCAUGUAUAUGCACCAUUUGAGUGUUUUAUUUUUAAUAAAUUUGCCAAAUGUUCUCAAAAAAAGUUUUUCUCCUUGUCAUUAUGGGGUAUUUUGUGUAUAAUUUUUGAGGGGAAAAAGGAAUUUAAUCCAUUUUGGAAUCAGGCUGUAACAUAACAAAAUGUGGAAAAAGUUAAGUGGUAUGAAUACUUUCUGGAUGCACUGUAUAUAUAUAAUCUCUACUUUCGCCCACCCUGGGCGGUAUUGUGUCCCUUCAAGCCCGGGUCCUCUACCAGAGGCCUGGGAGCUUGAGGGUGUCCUUCCUGUUUCUAGGACUGCACUCUUCCUGAGUGAGAUAUCUGAUGUUUCCCCAGGGAUCUGUUGGAGUCACUUCUCCAGUGUGGGGGUUACUGCCCCGAGUGCCCCGAUGACCACAGGCACCACUGUUACCUUCACCUUCCAGGCUUUCUCUAUCUCCUCUUUGAGCCCUUGGUACUUCUGUAGUUUCUCAUGUUCCUUCUUUCUGAUAUUGGUAUCGCUUGGGAUGGCGACAUCUACCACAACGGCUUUACUCUGCUGUUUGUCUACGAUUACAAUGUCCGGUUGGUUGGCCAUUACCAUUUUGUCAGUCUGUACCUGGAAGUCCCACAGGAUCCUUGCUUGGUCAUUCUCUUUUACCUUGAGAGGUGCUUCCCAUUUUGACCUCAGGGUUUCCAGUCCAUAUUCUGCACGGAUGUUCCUGUACACUAUACAGGCUACUUGGUUAUGGCGUUCCAUGUAUGCUUUUCCUACCAGCAUCUUACAUCCUGCUGUUAGGUGUUGGACUGUUUCAGGGCCCUCUUUGCACAGCCUGCACCUGGGAUCUUACCUGGUAUGGUAGAUCUGGGCCUCUAUUGCUCUGGUGCUCAAGGCCUGUUCUUGUGCAGCCAUGAUGAGUGCCUCCGUGCUGUCCUUCUGUCCAGCCCUCUCUAGUCAUUGGUAGGAUUUGCCAUAUCAGCCACUUCAGCUAUCUGUUGGUGGUACAUCCCAUGCAGGGGUUUUUCCUCCCAUGAUGGUUCCUCCUGUUCCUCCUUACCUGUCAGUUUCCAUUGUCUGAGACACCCACUAAGCGCUCCAUCUCUGUGGACCAUCUUCCUGACAUAGUCAUGGAGCUUGGAUGUUUCAUCUUGAAUAGUGGCUCUGAUGCUCACUGAUCCUCUGCCUCCUUCUUUGCUCUUCGUGUGUAGCCUCUGGAUACCGGACUUAGGGCGGAACUCCCCUUGCAUGGUGAGCAACUUCAGAGUUUUUACAUCUGUGGCCUGAGUUUUCUCCUUUGGCCAGCUUAUUAUUCCAGCUGGGUAUCUGGUUACUGGCAGGGCAUAGCUGAUAAUGAACUUUGUUUCUGUCAUUGAGCUGACUCUUUAGGACCUGCCUUACUUGCUUCAGGUACUUGGCCAUUGUUGCAUUCCUUGUGGCCUCUUCAUGGUUGCCAUUUGCCUGUGGUAUGCCAAGGUAUUUAUAGCUCUCCCCCACAUCUGCUAUUCUGCCCUCUGGGAGUGUAGUGCCCUCUGUAUGGAUUCCCUUUCCUCUUUUCGUCACCAUUUGGCCACACUUCUCCAGUCUGAAUGACCCCAUUUCUGAGUCGGUAUCCGCAGCCAGUCUCGUUGAUUAUUUGGCUGAGGGGAUUCAAGCCUAUGCAGAACAGCAGUGGGGACAGAGAAUCUCCUUGAUAUAUACCACAUUUGAUGGAGACUUGUGCAAUUGGCUUGAAGUUGGCCUCAAGGGUGGUGUUCCAUUGCCUCAUUGAGUUUGCAAUGAAGGCCCUUAGAGUCUUGUUGACCUUGUACAGCUUCAGGCAUUCCAGGAUCCAGGUGUGUGGCAUUGAGUCAUCAGCAUUCUUGUAAUCAAUCCAGGCAGUGCACAGAUUGGUCUGUCUGGUUCUACAGUCUCGAGCGACUGUCCUGUCUACCAGUAGCUGGUGUUUUGCUCCUCUGGUGUCCUUACCAAUGCCCUUCUGUGCCUCUGUCAUGUAUUGAUCCAUGUGCCCACUUAUCUUAGCUGCAAUGAUGCCUGACAGGAGUUUCCAUGUUGUGGAGAGGCAGGUGAUGGCCAAUAGUUGGAUGGGGCCGUUCCCUUCUGUGGAUCUUUCUGGAUCAGGACUGUCCUGCCUUGGGUCAGCCAUUCUGGGUGGGUCCCGUCUCUCAGCAGUUGGUUCAUUUGUGCUGCCAGGCGGUCAUGGAGUGAGGUCAGCCUCUUUAGCCAGUAGGUGUGAAUCAUAUCCAGGAUGGUGAUGGUCACUGCAUGUUGUUCAGGGAGAUUAAUGCGGUCUGCUCUUAGAUCAGUUCGCCACUGUGCAUUGUUGUUAUACGAUGCUUCUUUCUCCCAUAUGCCCUUCCAGUAUUGUUCAGUCUCCAGCCUUGGUGGGUUUGCUCGGGUAUUAUUACCCUGCCACUGAUAGUACACUUUGGCUGGUUCAGUGGAGAAUAGGGUUGGGUAUCGAGUAUCAAGAAUCGAGUAUCGAUGGGGACCGGGACUAACAUUUCGAUUCUUCCGGUAUCGUUCAAAUAUUCAAAUUUCGAUUCCAAGUUUUGAUGCCAGAGUCCGCCGACCGGAAGAAAUAGCCGCCGAAAAUCAACGAAGAAGAAGCCGCUUAACACCAACGAGGACGGAGCGUAUGAGACGAAGCCAGAUAAAUAAUUUGAUACUAAACACAUAUGAAUGAAGUGUAGGAUCACAUCAAACAUUCUCAUUAUGUUUUAAGUAUCACAUUGAACAUGCUAAAUUACUCUGAAAUGAAACAGAUAGUAACACAUGGAAACUGUGAACAACAAAAGAGUAAACACAUGUGAAUGAACGUCAUCAGGAUUAAGAAUGGAUUCUAAAUACUCACAUUCAGAUUAUUCAAUGACAUUAUAACCACCUAAUGGUUAAAAAUACUAAAUAAACAACUAAAAUAUAAACCAAACAUUUCUAAACUAUUUCUGUUACUUAGAGGAAAGUUAUGAUUCAUAGUCAAUAAAUUUAACUCUUAAAAGUUCAUGAAACAGUCUGAAAAGCUGUUGGUCUAAAGAAACUAAAGAAUAAAGGAUUUAUUCUGUCAGAGUGAUAACUCGGCUUCUGGAGCACAUAGGAAAAUGGGAGACACCUCAUUUUAACACAAAUUUCAUGAUUAGACAGAUUAGUACAUUGCUGAAUGCAUAAGAUGUCAUGAUCAGUCAUUUGUCUUCUUUCACCAAAGGAAUGUAGUUUUUAUCAGUGUAUGGUUGAGCAGGGUUUUACGACCGAGGUCUGGAGGUCAGUGUCCCCCCUUACCUUGGGGUCCGUAUGUUCACACACUUUAAGACGGUAAAUCUCAAAUGGGAGAUCUGGGUUGAAGCGUUAAUGUUUAUUUAGAUGGUCAGCGAUGGAGUCAGUUUGAAAGGUAAUAAAAACUCUGUCUCUGUUCUCCGAAUUGACCAAUCGUGAAGAGUCAGAGGUUUGGUCAACCUCCGGUCGGGUCAUUUAGGUAACCUGAAAGUGCAAACAAGUCUGGAAAGAUUUAUAUCCUGUGUCCUGGGACCAGAUAAGGAAACUUUCCUGUGAGGAAUGUGUGAGUUUCGCACCCAGGGUUGUCUUGAUUGCUACAUAUAUAUACAUAUAUACGUACAUAUGUAUAUAUGUAUAUGUGUAUAUAUGUAUAUAUGCAUAUAUAUGUAUGUGUAUACGUGUAUGUAUGUAUAUAUAUGUAUAUGUAUAUGUACAUAUGUAUUUAAAUAUAUAUAUCUAUGUGUGUAUAUAUAUAUAUAUAUUUAAAUAUAUACACUACAGGCCAAAGGUUUGGAAGCAAGAUUAGAUUUGUACGAAAAAAGAUCAUAGUUUCAUAUAUAUAAUUUAGAAUAGAAUAGAUUAGAAUAUUCCUUUAUUGAUCCCCCAUGGGGGAAAUUUUUUUGCCUCAGCAGCAUCACAGACAAAGGUAGUACAAAAUGCAGUUAUGAAAAUAAAGAUUGUAAUAUUAAGAACUUAAAUAAAUGUUAUAAUUAAAAAAAGUUUAGAAAAAGGAAAAAGGGGAGAAUAAAAUAAAGUAAAAUGAAAUAAAAUAAAACUAUAUGCAAUAUACACAAUUUAAGUACCAGAAAAAAGUAGUGGUGUGAGUCCAGUUUUAUUGCAGUUCGCUGUAAAGUCUUAUUGCAGAAGGGAGGAAUUAUACGAUGGCUAUAUCAUCAGAGAACUUCUGGAGGUGACAGCUCCCAGAAUUGUAGCUGAAGUCGGAGGUGUACAGGGUGAAGAGGAAGGGGGAGAUACACUCUGCUCACACAGAGUGGUGAACCUCUGAGUUCACCACUCUCUGAAUGUCCUUUUUAUACCCAGUCAUGUUCCUAACCUGUUGGAAAUUCACACCCUUAGUUCAAGAAGUUCCUUUAGUUGUUUUUGUAGCAUUGCCAAGAUUUUUACCUGUUUGGUUAUUCUUAUAACUACUUUUGGAAACAGAUUGCUGGUGUCAACUUCAAAAUAAGCAUUUGUCUUCUAUGAAGCAAAAAGAAUAAUAAUUCGACUUUUGAUAUGUUGACUUUGCGCCAUUUUAAAUCAAAUGUAAGGUUUAAAUGUUAUGCAAACAAAGUGUGUAGUAAUUUACGUUUUCCUCAAUGCCUGGUGUUUUUUGUAUGGGGGUUGUAAAUAUGGAUCAAUGGUUGUCAUAUUUUUUGUCACUGUCAAACUAAAACUUCUUUCACCUUCCUCUGUGUGCUAACAGGAAACAACCAAAUCUUCCAAAAGCAGCAUGAAGAAUAGUAACAGCAGCAGCAGUGGAGGAAAGGAUACUACUGCUGCCGAAAACUCAGACGAGGUAAGUGUUUUAAAUAUGGAGAGGGCUGUCAUCUCUGCUUUGGCUGUACACAUGAGCCGGGAGUUCAGGGUCACAUGUUAUGGAGCCUGCAGGGAGAGCUGAAACACUGCGAGUGUUGAUGAGAGGUCAGAUAAACAAGAAACCUAAAUCAUUGUAAAUCAUUGGUAAAGAAGCUUUGUUGAAGAUUAAACAGCAUGGAGACCAGGUCUACAGCUACAUUCUGUGACUCAAUACAGGUGAUCUCACUCUCAGGUGGAGUUACUGCUGCUCUCUAUCAAUGACAGGAGGCCAGCCCUGGCCCUGAUGGACUUAGUCUGCUUCUGUGUCUGGUCUCUUGUUCCGGUCAGACUUUCACAAAGAAGCUGCUGAUCAGGUUCAGGUGUGCUUUACCUGCUGGCUUCUGCUCUGAGCACAGACCAAGUUUAAGUUGUGGUGGGAUUGGAGAUCAUGCUGAUCAGGGUUUCACAUCCUGAGGAGAUGACUUAUUGCGUUAGGCAUGACUAAUCAGAUGUCCUUGUCUGUACUCAUUUUGAUGCCAUGCACAGAGACCAGUAGCUGUGAGACUACUAGACAGGUAGGGUUGGGCAUCAAAUCUUGAGCAUUGAUAGGAAACGGGACUAACAUUCCAAUUCUCUCAGAACUUUAAAAAUUUCAAUUCCAACUUUCAAUGCCAAGUCUGCCAACUGAGAAAAAUAGCAGCCAAACACCAACAAAGAAGAAGCCGCCGAACACCAACGCAGAAAUAGCCAGAGAGAGUGUGUGUGCAUUGCAACCAUAGACUGUAUAUAGAAUGGAUGUGGUCUGCAACCCCGCUGGAUGAAGCCUUCACGAGAGCAGCACCCUCUGGUGAUGGUUUGCAGUAUAGGCCAUUAAUCCCGCCUCCUCCAGCAUUCUCUAUGGAGUUGUGGACAAACUUUAAAAAUUAAUUACACAUAAUAUAAAUUUUUCUCUUCCUGGUUGUGAUGUUGACAUGUAGUUACUGUAAGACUGGUUUGUGCUCAAGUCCUCUUUUUUUUGUUAUUACGGGGUUCAUGUUUUCUAUAAUUGACACUUGAUACAGCCUAUGGGUGUAUGAAGAUUGCGUAGCUCAUCCAGAAUACGUUGUUUAAGCAGAACGUCAUCACAGCUACUCUCCCGCCAAAUGUGAACGUCGCUACUACACAAGUGGUGGUUCCAGGAAGUGGAGAAAAUCCUGGAAAUACAGACAGCAAGCUUCAAAUUCAUAUAAUGACGGAAGGCGGCGCCAAGUUGUCCAUAGUAUAUACAGUCUAUGGUUGCAACCCACAGCAGCGGCAGUCGAAAGUCAUUAUUAAACACCUCCAGAUUCAUAGAGUAGAAAUAACUUAGUGCUUCAUCUUUGACAUGCUGCACUAGUCUUCCUCUAACCAGUCAGAAUCAGAUACACUACAGGCCAAAAGUUUGGAAGCAAGACCAUUACAGGCCGAACAGUUGGGAGUAACUUCAAGUUUUUGGUCACAAUGCUUUUUUAAAAAUCCAGCACGAGUUUUAUGUAUUUUGGGAUGUCACAACUUAAGUGCAAAAGCAAAAAAAAACAAAUCACAGUUGGAUUAUUCACUUUACCGUUUUGGCUUUUGAGAGCCUGCGUACAAAGAUCCUAAUUAAUGUCAACUGCAUUCAAAAUACCGCAGAAAUGGCUAGAAAGAAGCAACUGACUAAAGAAACAAAAGUACAGAUAUGUACAUUGAGGAAAGAAGGAUACACAGAAAGAGAAAAUUGCAAAACGCCUAAUGGUGUCUAACAAAGGAGUCCACUACACUCUGAAGAGACUAGAGGAACCUGGAAGUUAUGAUGAUAGAAAAAGGCCUGGACGAAAGAGAGUUACUACAAAAGCAGAGGAUAAACAUAUCAUUGUCACCAUUAAGAGAGAUCGGCGAAAGAAAGCACCAAAAAAAGGGAGGAAAUCAACAUGAUAAGGUCGAAACCCAUAUCUCUGACAGCCGUGAAAUGACUUUGAGAAAGGCUGGUCUGGUAGUUCUAUGGUAUGGGGAUGUUUUGCAGGUGAUGGAGUAGGAGAUUUGUUUGAAGUAAAGGGUAUCAUGUAGAAGGAACAGUACCACUCCAUCCUCCAGCACCAUGCUGUUCCAUCUGGACCAAGACUUGUGGCUCAUAAGUUUGUUUUGCAGCAAGACAAUGACCCUAAGCAUUCUGCCAAGCUCUGUCAGGGUUACCUAGACAAAAAAGAAGAGGAAGGAGUUCUUUAGAAAGAUGGGUUGGACCCCUCAGUCUCCAGACCUUUUUGCCAAUUGAGCUUGUGUGGGAUGAUUUGGAGCGAUCAGUCAGAAAGACGCGUCCCACGAAUCAGCAGUCUCUUUUUAAUGAACUUAAGAAAGCUUGGAAUGCAAUCCCUGGAACAUACCGUAGAGGCUUGUGGAACGAAUGCCUGGUAUAUGUCAAGCUGUUGUUAAAGCCAGAGGAGGUUACUUUAAAGAAAGCAAAGUCUAAGCAACAAUAACUAAAAUACCUAAUAAUUAUAGUCAAAAUGUCUUCUGAUAAGUUACUCUUUACACAAUAGUCAUGUUUAUUGUGUUGCAAAGUAUAUUAAUAAAACUAUGAUAUUUUUUUGUACAAAUCUGAUCUUUCUUCCAAACUUUUGGCCUGUAGUGUAAGUAAAACAAUAAAUUGAAUCUGUCACCUCUCUACCUUAAAAGGUGUGAAUGAAGAAGAAGUGCACUUCUAUUUCCAGCUUCAUAUUUACAACGCCAUGUUCUAUCCUGUUUUAUCUUUUAUUUAUUUAUUUCCUUGUUUUCUUGUGUUUUGGCCAUAACUUCUGAGUUUCCUAUUUCCUGCGAGCGUCAUUACGUGACCAUAUGCUCUUGGGCACUUGGGCAAAACGAAUAAUCUUCUAGCCUAUAAACCAAAUACGAUCCAGUCAGUUGUUUAUGCAGCAUCAAUCGUAUUGUCAAUUGGCGUAGACCAUCUCCUACAAUCGAAUCCGAACAUUUAAUAUGAUCCGAGUGAAUUGGAUCUGCUAAGGUGUUUACGUGACACAUUUUAAAUCUGAUGGAGCGUAUAAUAUGAUUGUCGGUAGGAUUUUAUGAUCCAUGUAAAUGCAGCUACUGAUGGAGUUUUUCAGGUAUUUCAUUCAACAAAGUUUUCUUAUCUGGGGUUUGUUCUUAGCUAACAACAAAAUCUUAGAUCACUCUAAAACACAUUUGGGUAGUGAUGCACGAUAUGAAAAAUUUCAACCGAUACCGAUAACCGAUAAUUUUCUUCUUCUCAUGGCCGAUACCGAUAACCGAUAAAUUCAUAUUUUUACAUUUAUUAUAAUCUUCAUAUAAUCUGCAGUUUGUGCAGGAUGCAGUGAUUGAAAACUGAUGUUUUUGUUGCUCUGGCCUAUCUAGAACAACAGACAAAAGUUUUUGGCUCUUCAAAUGUGGUCAUUUGCUGUAAAUAACAAUAACAGAGCAAAAAGCAGAACUUCAUUUGAUCCCCUGAACUGUUCAACAGAACUGUAAACUGUAAAGGAGCUAUUAUGAGACGUUAGGCUUAGCAUGCUGACCGGACUAACAUCUGACGUCCAUAUGUCUGUGGUAAAACUCACGUGUAGUCCGUUCUUGUCGAUCAGGUUGUGAAUGUAUGUGGCGACAAUAUCAUAGAGUGCAGGAAGAGACACAUCCGAGAAGAAGCGGCGGCUUGGGAGAGUGUAACGUGGCUCCAAGUGUGCUAUUAACUUGCGAAAACCCGGGUUCUCAACGACGGAAAAAGGCUGGUCGUCGACCGCUAUGAACUCCAUCACUUUGUCGUUAAUGGCUUUAGCCUUUUCGCUGUCUCUUGAGAAGCUUUUGCAGUUUUCAAACGCCUGCUGAAUGGGGACAUCGAUCCUCCGUAGUGCUGUUGUCUUAGCUUUAGUACCGCUAGCAGCUUCGGCGGCUGUCUCAUAGUCUUUUAAUACCGCUUCGCCGCGAUGGCGACUUUUCAGAUGAGCUAUCAGAUUCGUUGUGUUAAAACUUGACGCCUUCUUUCCUCCUCUUGGAAUCCUCGCUGAAUAGGUUUUGCAUAUAGCAAUGCUGUUGUCAUCUUCUGCCACUGAGAGAAACGACCAUGCUGGUGAAGACAUUUUAUUAUCUGUCAGGUAGUGACGGGGUCAGGCUUGGGACCUGCGAGUAAGGCGCGAUAGAUGACGUAACCAGCGCGUCUCGGACGGGCGGCUACUCCGCCUGCAAACGUUACUCGUAAUUUCAUUAAUAUAUCGGAUCUUUCUAUCGGAAAAAUGCACCUAUCGGGCCGAUAAAAAAUGACGUAAUUUCCCCCCAAAUCGGCCGAUAUUUUAUCGGUCCGAUAAAUAUCGUGCAUCCCUACAUUUGGGUGCUUUAAUUUCAGUAGAAGAAUUUUUUUUUUUUCAGUCAAUCAAUGUUUAUAUUUAUCAAGUUAUAGUGGAGAGCAAGAACUUUCUUUAACAGACACAAACCUGGAGCAGAACCAGACUCAUGUUAGACAGUCUUCUGCUGAGACCGAACUGGGUUUACAGAGGAGAGAGAGGGAGAUGGAGAAAGAGAGAGAUGGACAGAGGAGAGACUGAUAGAGGGAGAUGAAGAAAGAAAGAGAGAGCCAGUGUCUCAACAUUAUUAAAAGGCAUUUAUUUACACAGAGGACUUAAAUUUCAUUCAUAAAAUGUUUGAAACUUCUAAAUGCUGAAAUGUUUACCUUAAAAAAACACUGAUGUGAAAAAAAUUUCUUCAAAAUUUUAGGGUCAGAGAUCAUCCUCAAUUUUACUGGUUUGGGUAUUUAGACAGGGGAUCAUUGAACAUUACAUAUUAAACCAGUUAUGUAUAAGAUUAGAUCAGACAAUAGUAUAUGUUACAGUAUAGAGAUCAGUUUGUUAUGCUGAAAGGAAAGCUCAUCCAGGCCGGUAAUAACUGACUUGUACACAUACACUCACCGGCCACCUUAUUAGGUACACCAUGCUAGUAACGGGUUGGACCCCCUUUUGCCUUCAGAACUGCCUCAAUUCUUCGUGGCAUAGAUUCAACAAGGUGCUGGAAGCAUUCCUCAGAGAGCUUGGUCCAUAUUGACAUGAUGGCAUUACACAGUUGCCGCAGAUUUGUCGGCGGCACAUCCAUGAUGCGAAUCUCCCGUUCCACCACAUCCCAAAGAUGCUCUAUUGGAUUGAGAUCUGGUGACUGUGGAGGCCAUUUGAGUACAGUGAACUCAUUGUCAUGUUCAAGAAACCAUUCUGAGAUGAUUCCAGCUUUAUGACAUGGCACAUUAUCCUGCUGAAAGUAGCCAUCAGAAGUUGGGUACAUUGUGGUCAUAAAGGGAUGGACAUGGUCAGCAACAAUACUCAGGUAGGCUGUGGCGUUGCAACGAUGCUCAAUUGGUACCAAGGGGCCCAAAGAGUGCCAAGAAAAUAUUCCCCACACCAUGACACCACCACCACCAGCCUGAACCGUUGAUACAAGGCAGGAUGGAUCCAUGCUUUCAUGUUGUUGACGCCAAAUUCUGACCCUAACAUCCGAAUGUCGCAGCAGAAAUCGAGACUCAUCAGACCAGGCAACGUUUUUCCAAUCUUCUAUUGUCCAAUUUCGAUGAGCUUGAGCAAAUUGUAGCCUCAGUUUCCUGUUCUUAGCUGAAAGGAGUGGCACCCGGUGUGGUCUUCUGCUGCUGUAGCCCAUCUGCCUCAAAGUUCGACGUACUGUGCGUUCAGAGAUGCUCUUCUGCCUACCUUGGUUGUAACGGGUGGUUAUUUGAGUCACUGUUGCCUUUCUAUCAGCUCGAACCAGUCUGGCCAUUCUCCUCUGACCUCUGGCAUCAACAAGGCAUUUCCGCCCACAGAACUGCCGCUCACUGGAUAUUUUUUCUUUUUCGGACCAUUCUCUGUAAACCCUAGAGAUGGUUGUGCGUGAAAAUCCCAGUAGAUCAGCAGUUUCUGAAAUACUCAGACCAGCCCUUCUGGCACCAACAACCAUGCCACGUUCAAAGUCACUCAAAUCACCUUUCUUCCCCAUACUGAUGCUCGGUUUGAACUGCAGGAGAUUGUCUUGACCAUGUCUACAUGCCUAAAUGCACUAAGUUGCCGCCAUGUGAUUGGCUGAUUAGAAAUUAAGUGUUAACGAGCAGUUGGACAGGUGUACCUAAUAAAGUGGCCGGUGAGUGUAGGUAUAUGAUGGUUUAUCUGUGCUAUGGCAGUCACUUGGCAGCAACAGAUUUUAGAAUACAAUUACAGUCAAAUGAUGUUUUUUUUAUGUCCCACUUCACUGAGUGUGCAUCUUUUCCUGUUUAAGUGCAGCUUUUCUAAACAACCUCUACCUUCAUUUGGAUUUUGAUUUGUGAAUACUAAAUAUCUCUCCUCUUCCUCUCAAUCCUGUAAUUUCUGUGGGGAUGUCUCUGCACUCUCACACUCUUAGACGAAUGGUCAAGGGGAGUUCUCCUUUACCAGUUCAAGAAAUUUGGCACAAAUGGCAUUUAUCAAUGUAAGAAAUCAGCUGUGAACAUUUCAGAGCAGUUAACUGAAUCUUCUGGAAAAUAUCCAGAAAAACUUUAAGACGUGACUGAGGUCCUCUGAGUGAGUCCCUCUGAUCAGUGAGUGCAGAUAACAGUGGACAGAGCAGAUUUAUGUGAAGUUCUGCAGACAAGCAGCCUUCUUCUGCAUGGGGUUAAAGACAGUAAAUGACUCCUUUUAACAUGUUUACCUACUGACUAUGAGCAUCGACAGGGCCAUUUACUGCUUGCCACUGUAGUAAACUGGACCAUGACAGAUUAGUACUGCUGUCUUACUACUUCGUUUUUUCAUUGUUAUGUCCUCUCCUCCUCUGUUUUCCCUGUCUUAAACACAUUCUGACUUUUACUCACCAACCUUUCUUACUUUGACAUUUGUUUGGUUGUUUGUUUGUCUGCGCAGUCUCAGCAGCAGCAGAGUGGCAGUAAGCGUCCCAGUAACAGCACACCUCCUCCCACUCAGCUCAACAAAAUCAAAUACUCUGGCGGUCCUCAGCUGGUGAAGAAGGAGCGCCGCCAGAGCUCAUCCCGUUUCAGCCUGACCAAGAACAGAGAGCUGCAGAAACUGCCUGCUCUCAAAGGUAACAACCACAAUUACCAGACCCUAACUCCCUUCAGCAGUAAUCUGACGAGGAUUUAUUUCACUUUAUAAACAGAUAUCUCCAUUCCAUAAAUGCAUCCAAAGUUUUGUUCUUUAAUGGAAAAGAUCACCAGGUACUUAAAGACAACAUACCAUAAAAGAAAUGAACGGAUAAUAGGAUCUCAGACAGAUAUAUUGGGGACAGUGUGGCAAAUUAGUAAGUGGGAUUGCAAAGCAUUCCCACUAUAUGUUAUUCAUAUCUUUAUUUUUAUUGAGUGGGUUUGCGAAGCAUUCCCACUAUAUGUUAUUCAUAUCUUUAUUAUUAUUAAGUGGAAAUGCUGAUGAAAGGGGACCUGCCAUCAAAAAUGUAAUUUUGUGUGUUUUUUGUGUCAGAUAAGGUCCAUAUUCUGUUCGUUUUAUGUUGUAAAUGUGAAAACAAACCGUUAAGUCGUUGGCAUUCUGUAAAGGUUUAAAAUAAAGAAACGGGUAAACCAGGCCAAUUGAAAAAGCAGGUCCUUCUGACGUCACGCCGACCUUGCUCAUUGUUAUUCACGAGCGCGUCCUUUGUGAGCCGCGCCCACUCUCUCGUUCUCAUACCCAGUCACAGUCAACAUCACUCUCCAGCCAGAGCGAGACCCAGCUACCACUGUAUCCGCUAUGGGUCUCUUCCAAACGACCGGUGUUUCCUUGGGUUCACUGCCGGGAAAAUGAACUUAAAGCUGGGCAGAAUGAACGAAAACACCGCUGGAGAUCUCCAGCUUCUUCUUCAACUUCCACCUCCUCUUCGGACUCGGGGUCUAAAAUAUAUGGUUUAAUACCUGCCAUUUUUAGCCUUUAGCAUAAGGUGACCAGACGUCCCCGAUUUCCGGGGACAGUCCCCGAAUUAGAUGACCUGUCCCGGCCAAAAGCUGUCCCCGAAAAUGUCCCCGAUUUAAGCGUUUCAUGAAUGAGAGCAAAAAUGUUGCGUGUGGGCUCGAACAACGGUUAUUACAGUAGCCGAAUAGGUAGGAAGCACAAGUAAGCAGUCCUGAACAACAGUUCUUACGGGGGUUAUUGCAAGGGGCAUGCGCUGCUACUAAAUAGUACCGAGAUUUUGUCUGUGAUCACACAGCCCCUGCAGGAUUAUGAAAAAAUGAUAAAAAUGGGUAUGGCAUUUUGAUGGCAGGUCCCCUUUAAAGGCUACAUUUCUGAUCAGAACACAGUCACCUCUCAAAUUAUUGAUCACAAUUAUUGACCACAAUGCUGCACUUCUGGGCUUGAAGCUGAUCAUUGCUAACAGUGACACAGAGCAGUUGGCCAGACGUAAACCCAGCAUUAAACUAAAGUGAAUGGAACAAAAACUUAAUUUAAGCUCCUUUCUUAGCAGUUUGGUCGGGUUAUUGAAAAUUGUGUUGGAGUAUAUUUCCAGAUUCAGCUGUAAGUUCAUAACUCUGCAUUGAUCAUAGCCUCCCUGCAGACUGUUAACCACUAAACUCAACCAGGAGACCUGAAGUAAAGAUGUAGGAGUCUAGGAGGACUGUCCACCUAUGUGGAGCACACACAUCUGUGACCCGUCCACCACUUUCUUAGUAGAGUGUGCAGCCCAAUCUUCUUCUGUGGUAUCAGCAGCUGACCCUCCUCCUUCUCUUCUUCCUCUCCUCCUCAGACUCCCCCAUGACAGAGCGUGAAGAGCUGUUUGUCCAGAAGCUGCGUCAAUGCUGUGUCCUGUUUGACUUUGUCAGCGACCCGCUCAGCGACUUGAAAUACAAAGAGGUGAAGAGAGCCGGACUCAACGAGAUGGUGGAGUACAUCACACACAACAGUGACGUGGUGACUGAGUGCAUCUACCCAGAGGCCGUGCUCAUGGUGAGACACACACUUGUUUAAUCCAUCCUUCAUCCUUGUUCUCUGACAGUUUUUGUGACAGUUCUCCCUGGGAUAUGUAUGAAGUGAUGGACCAAAGAAUCAAAGACAAGUUUGUAUCUGACAAAAAACAAGUAUCUGAUCUUUUACCUCAGAUAGAGCAUGAAGAUUACUGUAAACAAAGUCACACAACUUCAAGACAUGUAUUGAGAGUUUUACUUCUGAAUAAAAUUACUUGCCUCCUGAAACACUUCAAGAUCCAUCUGCAAGGCACUGUCUGCUGAGAUUAAUUCUUAUCAUGUCAAUUUGGAUUACUUCAAAACCUGCGAUAGAAGACACACCACUACAGGGUUUCCCCUGCAUGUAAUUGAUCUUGAGCCACACCAUGGCAUACAGAAUCCCAGGAGACAUUGGCCCUCAUUUAUCAAGCUUGCGUAUGGCAGAAAAACGAUGAACAGCGCUGCCACCGUCCGCUAUUCCGCGGCAGCGCUGUUCAUUGCCACCAUAAUCCUGCUCCAUACAGGAGUUUUCUGUACUGCUUUUAUCCCAGUUUUGAUGCUUCCAAAGAGAAAAUCCUUGUUAGUUUCCCCCACAGAUGUGAGGAUAUCCACUUUCAGCUCUGAAAAGUUUUGAAUCUUUCUAAUAUUUCUCCUCUUUCACGUUUGACCUCAGUGGGCGAGGCUUCUGAACCAUGAAUAUUUAAGGACGUAAACAUGUUAAUGACGAUCGAUUUCAGCCGCCGCACUUUUCAAGACCCGAUCAUACGUACGCUGGGAUUGGUCAGAUAUGAACCCUUUCAUAAAUCUCACGUGUGUCCCAUCGUACCAUGAAUCCUGCGCUCAGAUCUGCACAAGUUUGAUAAAUGAGGGCCAGUGUGUUUUAGAGAGAGAGAAAAAGGUCAGAACUUUUCUCCUACGUGAUGAUUUAGACACAUUUGGUAAAGUCCACAGCUUUUGGUUACUUUGCAGCUGUGCACCUAUUUCUGAUAUUAUCUCUUGGAACUGUGUGGUGUUGGCAAUCCUACCAGCCACCAGGAUCGUUGAGCUGUUAGUCAUUUUCAGGAAACUGUGGUAAAUGUUCGUCAGGUUUUAUUUCUUGUGUCAUUUGUUGUUUUGUCAAGAUUUAGUGGCAGGAAAUCAGUUUCCAUUUUCGUCUCAUAUCAGACAGGGUUCACUUUAGUCUGUUUGGUCAAAACUUUUUAAAGGGUUUUGCGAUAGAUUUUGUAAAACAUUUUUUUCUCCUGGUCCAAAGAAUUUCAGUGGAAAGACAGAAUGUCUUUAGUCAUCUUGGUUGAAAAUGCCUUUACAACAGGGAUUUCAAUUUUCAUUGUCAGUUUACUCAUCAGCUGUGUCAUCGUGUUGACUCAGUCGUGAAAACUUAUAAACAUUUUUGUCGACAAAAUCAAUGAAGGUCAUAAUCAUGUGUUUUAAGAAAACAGUGGUGUGCUGUAAAUUAACAAAAAGUGCUGGUCUGAUUGUAUAGAGAAGUGACCAGCAGAGGGGGGUGGUGCAAAUCUUGGAAAACUGGUGAGUUUGACCAUUUUUCUAAAUUCCACUGGAGGCUAUGCUCACCUGCUGAAUGUUAGCUGGAAGGAUAGCAAUGAUAAACGUCUACACAUCUGCAUGGACACUACAUUGCGAAAUAGAAAAGAAGUCCAAAUGCCAAUACGCAGAAAGCCCCCUCAAAAGCAGAUGUAGGUGCUGGUGUGACUUAUAUUCUGGAUUCUAAGGUGAUAGGUUUGCCAGAAUUUUUGUGUUAACAGUCUUUUACGAAGAAAAAGUUUUCUCACAGAAUGAUUUUUGUUUAUUUCUUGUGUUUGUGCGUGUGUGUUUAGUUUUCCGUGAACUUGUUCCGGACUCUCCCUCCAUCCUCCAAUCCGACUGGAGCUGAGUUUGAUCCUGAGGAGGAUGAGCCCACACUGGAGGCUGCCUGGCCUCACCUGCAGGUACGCUUAGGGUUGGUGGUUUGCCUUUCUGACUGUGUGCAGGUGUGCACAGACCUCACAUUUCAUACAACAGUUCAUAUCACAAUCAGAAGCUGCUUGAAAAUUUGAAUUGGAAGAUGUUGACCCUCUGAUCUUUUUGCUCUGGUUUUUGUAAAUCUGCAUAUUUACCUUCUUGUGGUGCUAUGGUGUGGUUGUGUUUACAGUAAGCGUCAUGUCUGCUGUGUCUUUGUCUUCACAGCUUGUCUAUGAGUUCUUCCUUCGCUUCCUGGAGUCUCCAGACUUUCAGCCAAAUAUUGCCAAAAAAUACAUUGACCAAAAGUUUGUACUGUCGGUAAGCAGUGACCUCUAAGGCUUGUGAUGAGAUGUGCUGAUGCGUAACUUCAAACUUCAGAGCCUUGACUUAUUGUGUGGUGAUUGUGUUAAAGCUGCUGGAGCUGUUUGACAGUGAGGAUCCCAGAGAGAGAGACUUCCUGAAGACAAUCCUUCAUCGGAUCUACGGCAAGUUCCUCGGCCUGCGUGCCUAUAUCCGCCGCCAGAUCAACAACAUCUUCUACAGGUCAGGACAUAAACUAUGAGCAUUAGACACACAACAACCACUAAAAAGACAACAGAGUGGAAAUCACUCAACAUAUAAGAGCUUAAAAAAUCUUUCUACUUGGUCUGGUUUUACUCUGAGUUCAUGCAUGUUAAAGAGGUUUCACUUACUUUUGUUACUUGCUAGAUUCUGCAAAGUGUUUUUCUUGUAUUUAAAAACAAUGAAAGUAAAUCUUUUAGCACAGUUAAAAAACGGUGUUCCACAGGGUUCGGUUUCAGUACCUCAGAAAUUCACUUUGAACAUGUACAUAGAAAUGAAAGUUUACUUUAGAUGUCUUCCUCUUGUUUUUAACUUCAGAAUGAUUCAGUUCACCUGUCCACACUGAUGUACAGGUAGAUAGAAAUAGUUCAGCUUAGGGUAAAUCUAGUGAUCCCAGUCUGUCUGGCCUAAUGCUGUUGUUGUUUCACAGAUUUAUCUAUGAGACAGAACAUCACAAUGGCAUCGCUGAGCUCCUGGAGAUACUUGGGAGGUAAAACCUGCUCAAGCACACUCACACAUGCAUGCUCACGUAAAUGUACACACAUUGGUACGUGAUCUGGACAACACUCCAAACUAAUGAUGUUGCUUGAACAGAAACUUAAAUUCUGACUGACCGACCACUCUGAAGGUAGAAAAACAUCCAAAAAACUGUCAAGACUCCACAGAGCUUAACAAAAGAUAACUGAGUCCGAGUGGAGUGUGGCUAAGGUUAGCAGAGCUCGCACCACCAUCCUUUAGUCCUUUUUGCAGGCUGUUGUCCAUUUGCCCAUGCCUAUCACUCAUUGCUCUGCUUUAGCUGACAUAUACCAGUUGACACAGCCUACAUACAACUUUACCUCCAUUUUCUACAUCAAAAUACAGACACACCACACAAAGCCACCAACUGCCAUCUCUGCUUGUCUCAUUAUAGCGUUAUGGCUGCUGGCAUUUACCAGUUAACACACUAUAGCUUAAACACAACAUAAGAUCAGUGUUUCAGAGCAAUGGCAAUAGAAAGAUUCAUAAUUUGUUUAAUCGAUCAGUAAUUCCGCGUACUGUACAGUAUAUGCUUAUCCAUAACAUGGUCAUGUUCAUUCAGCACUGCUCACAAUAUCACAGCCUGGGUCACACUGAAAGACUCUCUACUGGGACUGAUUAUCUGUGGUGGGAGGCUGAUAUGAUCUGUACCUCAACCCUCUUUGUUAAAGAUCCAUCGGCAGCAAUUACUGAUGUGUGAUACAAGAUAUGGAGUUCACCCCAAAUCCUGAUGAAGAGUAACUCAGUUUGAUUAUUUAUUCAUCAAGAAUAUCAAAGACUUUUUUACCAGUCAUGUGUAAAUGUUCAGUUUCAGUGCACUUUGAUAUGAAUGGCUCACACACUUAGGGAUGCUCAAGGUUAACAAGAACAAUAAAGAGGAUUAUAAAGAAACUGAGCGUAACGCUUUGUUAGGGUUGGAAAUGGAAAUAAAAACAUGUUGUGGAUAUGAUUAGUACAGAAUUGAGUACAACCUACUUUGAGCCUUGACAAACAGAACCAACAGUUUUAACAAAUGUCUUCUUUAACAUGUCUGUUAUUGUCUUUUCUCUGUCAGCAUCAUCAACGGCUUCGCUCUCCCACUCAAAGAAGAACACAAGAUGUUUCUGAUCCGAGUUCUACUGCCUCUCCAUAAAGUCAAAUCUCUGAGCGUCUACCACCCUCAGGUCAGAGUCCAUCUCUCCAUCUGUCUUUCUGUCCAUUUGUCUGUUCUGUCUCUAUUAUUGAAGACAACAUUAGUCUAAUCUGAACUCUCCCUGCAGUUGGCGUACUGUGUGGUCCAAUUUCUGGAGAAAGACAGCAGCCUGACCGAGCCGGUAAGUCUGCACCUGAAUCCCCUCCUGUUUCAAUAACAACACUUCCACACUUUCAGUCCCACUCCGAUGUUAUAUUUUUUUUUUAUUUUUUUUUUUACUACUUAAACUGUUCUCAGUGGUCUUUAAAUUGUCAUUGUGAAGUUUUUAGCCAAAAUCAUGUUUCCUGUGUCAUUUUUAAUAGCUUUUCUUCUGCAGAGCUUCAGUAGCUCCUUAGCAAUUCACCUCUGAGUUGUGGGAGCUCUGCGCACUCCUGUUCAUGCUAGCUUGUAGCCUAACAUUCUGGCCUGCAGAGCGAGGCUCCGGGGGCGGAGCUUGGACUUGUGACAUAGAAAGGGUUUCUCAUGUAAAAUGAAAUUGGCCUUCAAUUCGGAGGCCUUGUUUUUAACUGAGCUUUUGUUUUUAUUUGCUUUUAUUUCCAUGUACUGAUGUUCUGUGCUUUUCAACUGUUGUCAAAGCACUUUUUAAACUUUUGUUUUUAAAAGUGCUGUAUAAAUAAAAUUAUCAUUAUUAUUAGAAAAUCCCAUUGUGUCUGAACCUGACGUUUGGGUCUGCUAGAGGUUCACAGUGACUUGAAUGCAGAAACACUUUGAAAUGAGAUUUUGCUCUUAGUUUUCUCAUGAUAUGUCCUGUGUCAUCAGAAAAAUGCCCCAUGAACAUGUAGACAAUGAGAAAAACAUGAUUUUUGUGGGAUUGGGUCUUUAAAAAUGUGCCGCAGUUUAGUAAUGCAUGUAGGCUGAACAACUUGAUAUAUCCUCUAAUGCCUGCAGGUGAUCAUGGGUCUUCUCAAGUUUUGGCCUAAGACUCACAGUCCAAAAGAGGUGAUGUUCCUGAAUGAGCUGGAGGAGAUCCUGGACGUCAUUGAGCCGUCAGAGUUUGUCAAAGUGCAGGAGCCGCUCUUCAGACAGCUUGCCAAGUGUGUGUCCAGCCCACACUUCCAGGUACUAAGACUUGAUCCAUAACCUAAACUUGGACAUAAUCAGUAACAGAACUACAGUAGAAACCUUCAUCCCGAAUGAAAACCAGAACCUAAGUCCACCUUAAACUAUCUGGGGUCCUUGUAAGGUUUACAUCCGGACAAUAAAACCAGGUUUUGACUGUGAGUUAGGGUAAGGGUUACGGGUUAGGUUUGGUUUUUGGAGCACUACGGGGGGCACGGGCACAGGGGGAAUAAGAAGUAUAAAAUAUACUUAAUAGGCUAGGAGUCAGGGUUAGGGUUGGGGUUAGGGGUUAGGGUUAAAGGGUUAGGGGUUGGCGUUAAAGGGUUAGGGCUAGGGGUUAGGGGUUAGGGUUACGGGUUGGGGUUAGAUUUAGUGGUUGAGACUGGGGGUCUCUUUGUGUUCAUUGCAAAGAGACUGUGGGCUCUAUUUUUGUGCCUCGCUGGAGACGUGCCGCAGGCGCGGCGUAAGUCAGGUCCGCCGCGCUGACAAGGCGUUCCCAAGCACAAUUUGGUAUUUUGGUGAGCGGCGCAGCCCGGCGUAAGUAUCCCCCCUCUCUAACUCAGCUCCUCCCAGCGGCGUAAGUCGUAGGGAGGGAGGAGAGAGGGCGUGGAGUGAUUUUAACACAGCCGAGACCUGUAUUGACCAAUAACAUCAGCUCCUCUCCUCGCCUUUAAAUCUGCCACCGGCGUGGCGUAUUACAAUUUUCGUGAAGAACUCAAAAAGAUCAAGAGAUGUCUGAAGACAGCAGUGCCACGCGAUGGUGACAGAAGGCAGCUCCUCAACAAGUGUCACUGUAAGCGCUGCAGAGGGCGUCCUCCACACUCUCUCAUAUAAGCACCCUUUUCCACAAAUAAAGACACUCACAUAAAGUUGCAUAUAUUUAAACCUCACGUGACAAAGGUGGGUUGUGCGCACAGAUCACUACAUAAAUUCCAAUAAUGGCAUUAAAAUCGGAACCAUCUGUGCGUAAUGACGCAUCGUGCUCCGUGGCGUGGCUCUUUCUUUCAUAGAUGUUGGCAUAUAAAAUAAAUUUGGCUCACAAAACUGAAUAUUAUAAUAUUCGUAUGUAGGCUUAAAGUAAAUAACUCAUCUGAUCACUGAAACAAGUCAUCUGUUCAGCCGCCGCAGCAGCAGCAGGACGGGGACAGGACACGGAGACAUGUCCAGGUCGAGCUGCGCGAGAAAUAAGAGGAAGAGGAAAAAAGAAAAGUAGGGAGAUGAAUUACAUAUCUUGUUAACUUCAUCAUGUGUGUCUAUUUACUAGAUAUUUUAUUUCAUUUAAGGCGGUUUCAGCUGUGUUGAUUCGGUCAGGUUGUGUGUCCAAACGCGUGCCAAACGACCUCAUUAAAUCAGAUAUAGAUCAGAAUAUAUCCAUAUAGAUAUAAAUGUAUGUGCUGACUCAGAUUAUUGGUUGUUGAUGAUUAUUUAUUGCACUGAAAUGUGCCUGACACUGUGAAACCUGCCGGUGAGGCAUCGGUGACAUAUGCCGAUAUGCCGACGGUCUACCAAAAUACCAUUAGACCAGCUGCGCUCCGCCUGCGCUGAAAGCUGACCAGGUUUAAAUUGGCGAGCUUUCAGCGCACUUUAUACGCCACCGGCGAGCACGAAAAUGUCACCGCGCCAGCUGAUUCUGUCGACACCUCCCUCUGCCUUGCCACCACGCCCAGCUUGGCAGACCUCGGUGCGCCUCAGUCCAUGAAAAUACCAAACUAGCUGUACGCCGGGCUCCGCCAGAUGGAAAUACCACUGUGCGGGGUCCGCCACCCUUCGCCGCAUCACCAGCGGACAGGAAAAUAGAGCCCUGUAUAUAAAAAUGUAUCAGUCAUUUGUAAUGGCAUUUGAAGUUAUGUUGUACCUGUGUCACCAGAAACUCCUCACUAGAUAAAAACUCACCAUCGUCGUUUGCAUUAUUCUUAGGCAACAAACAAACACAAACACCUCACCUUUUUGUGUGUGUGUGUGUGUGUGUGUGUGUGUGUGUGUGUGUGUGUGUGUGUGUGUGUGUGCCUGCCCCAGGUGGCAGAGAGAGCACUGUAUUACUGGAACAAUGAGUACAUCAUGAGUCUGAUCAGUGACAAUGCUGCUAAGAUCCUCCCCAUCAUGUUCCCUGCGCUCUACAAGAACUCCAAGAGCCACUGGAACAAGUAAGACACACACACACACACACACACACACACACACACACACACACACACACACACACACACACACACACACACACACACACACACACACACACACGCACAAAUAAACACAAACAUCAGAAGUGACAUAUGAACACAGCAGACUCUGUGAGCUUCUGAUGGUCUGUAACAGGAUCAGUUCUCUGUGUUCAGGUCAGUAAAGCAGUAAAGGCAUAGAAACUCAUCCCACGACCUGAUUGAGAACACUUCAAACUUUGACACUUUGUGUAAAGUGAACAAAAGUUGUAAAAGUCAUAAUGUUGUAAAAUACUUUUCACCAAAACUCCUAUUUGCAUACUUAGAUCUAAACACAUGGUCAUUGGCUGCCAGUGUGACUAAAAACAAUGCAGCACAUGGAAAAGGAGUUCUUGGCUGGAAUUCAUUCAUCACUUGUGCUCGUUACUUGUCUGAAGAGUUCACUGUCACACCCAGAGAUAUGUGUGGGGAUUUGACAGAGACUGCUGGUUCGUGUUGAUUUUUAGACUCAUAUUUUGUGUCUCAGAGUGUAAGAGUGUUUCUGCUGAUCUGCAGGACGAUCCAUGGUCUGAUCUACAAUGCUUUAAAGCUCUUCAUGGAGAUGAACCAGAAGCUGUUUGAUGAUUGCACGCAGCAGUACAAGGCUGAGAAACAAAAGUAAGUGACCCAGACAUCCCACAGAACACUGACAGCUCUUUCACAAAGACAUGACCUCACUUUUCAGUAUAACUUUGUGCCAGAAAUAACAGUAAAGUGUCACCUUUACUGAAUGAAGAGGCUCAGAACAUGUAUUUUGUCUGCAGAGAGAAAUAUAAGCUGAAGGAGAGAGAGGAGAUCUGGCAUAAGAUAGAAGAGCUGGCUAGACAGAACCCACAGGUACUCCUCACCUGUCUUUACCAUGUAACUCAAAUCAAGUCAUUCAGUUAAGUUUCUGGGAUUAUAUGUAUGUGAUAUCUUGUCUUUUAGAGCAAUAAGCUACACCCACUCCGCCCUGGACUCCAUCCACAGGAUGAGGUCAGUGUUUAACUCUUGUCAGUCUUUUUGUGCUCAGACACUUGUGAUCUUUGGAGGUAUGAUGUUGUCCUGUAAAAGUUUAAUCAAAACAAAGAGUCAAGAUUCAUGUCUUUACGUCUCUGGACAAAGCAUCAAAACAGCAGAGCCUCUUCCUUAGCUGCAGGGUGCAGAGAGAGAUUAAAGCGGGAUAAAAACUUUUUGAAAAAGUUAUUAAAAGGAAUGAAAUUUUAUCAGGAAAACAUUGAUACAAUAAUAAAAAGAGAAAGACGAAAGAGAAUAGACAUAUCUUUUUUUUAAAGUGAAAAUUUAAAUUAUGAGUAUGAGUCUCUCAGAAGGAAAGAUGGGAAGAGGUUCACCACUCUGAUAAAGAGUCUGCAUGAGCAAACUGUUCAACAGUGUUCCUGAAUGUCAAAUGUCAUCCUCACACUUCUGGUAAGAAAGAAAGAAAAAACAAAUUUGAUCCAAAAUGGUUUUCUUUUUGUUUUUUGUUUUAUGUUUGGAUAAACACAAACUCCCUCACAGGUAGAGAUUUGUUCCCCCUUUGGGAUAGGGCAACCUAUGGCAACACAGUUUAAACACACUUCCACCAGCUGGCUAAUAUGAUAUAUGAUUGAUUAUUGAUCUGUCUGUAAGACUAAGCGUGUGUUUUCUGACAAGUAAUCUCCAUGCCCUGUGUUUGCAGUACAUGCUGUACAGUGACAGUAAUACAGUGACUGUGUACUCAAUGGAAACAGAGACCCCAACAGCCGAAGAUAUCCAACUGCUGAAGAAGACUGUGGAGAGUGAGGCCUCCCAGGUACUGAGCCAGUGCAAUCAAUCAAUCAGUCAGUCAGUCAGUCAGUCAGUCAGUCAGACACUCAUGUUAAUCUGUAGUAACAUCUAAGUCAUUGCUGCAGACUGUGGUUAUAAGGUUUAAGUUUUGUGCAUUGGACUGGAAAUAGAAACAAAAGCAGAAAGUCCGUACUGAACUAACAGCACCAUCAGAAAGGCUCCUUUAUUUACCUUUUGUUAACUUCAGUUUAACCCUCAUGAAUUUUUUCAUUUGUGCCAGGGCCUAAAAGAUCUGAAGAAGGACAAGGUCCUGAUGAGGAGGAAGUCAGAGCUGCCACAGGACGUCUACACCAUCAAAGCUUUGGAGGCUCACAAGAGAGCUGAGGAGUACCUGACAGCUAACCAGGAGGCUCUCUGACCGGGGGAGGCGGCCCCCUCCGAGCCUGAACCCACCCCCCUCCUUUGCGUCUCUCUGGGGAGGAAGUUGAAGCUGUCGUGAAGAAACUGGUCUGGGGUCAGAUCAGGACGGAGCCAAUGCUGCGUUCAAAAGAAAACAAAGAAACCAGACUUCCUCACCUCUGACCCCUGGUGGCCAAUCACAUGUAGGGCACUGUAGAAGCUCCGUCUGUCCCACGUGCUGUCUCAGUGUUUCAUGUGACGAUGAAAUCAUUAGCUUCAUAUUGCACUAACACCUCCAACACUUUCAUCUGCAAAUACCUGCUGCUGUCUGUUCUCAACCAACUCUGCUGGGACCAGCUCUGUGACCACAGAGUCGCAGAGGUCCCUGACUGCAUCACAAGAAGGCCUUUUCCGCUGCAGUGACUGUAAACUGAUAGAUGAUCUGGUUCUGAGUCUGCUUUGUGUCCACAAUGGGUCUGAAUUUGACAAUUUACCUUUCAUUCUGUUUUAGCCUCUGUCCAGGACUAGUGUUUAGAUGUUUGAUCCUGGUCCAGUCCUCCUGUAGCAGAAACAGCUGAUUGUUCUGUUUUAAGAGCCCAACAGAUUACAUAGACCUGAAACGGUGGACUAUCUCUCCAGCGACCAGCCUAUGUUUUCAUGUAACAAAAAGUAGUCCCAAGACACCAAAUCUGAAGUCUUCAUGGAUUCCACAGUACAUUCCAGAACCCUCAUUGAUCACAAUAGAAAUACCAGAACCACUAUGGCUCCCUCAGCAGGAUUUAAUAAUAAUAAUAAUAAUAUCUUACAUUUAUAUAGCGCCUUUCAGGAUACCCAAGGCGCUUAACAACACACUACAAAAACUAAAUACCAAAAGCCUGGAUAAAUAAGUGUCGCUUCAGAGCAGACUUGAAAGAGUCAAGAGUCUGUGCUUGGCGAAUCUCAGAGGGGAGAGAGUUCCAGAGAGGAGGGGCGGCCACACUGAAGGCUCUUUAGAAAUCCUAAGGUUACCACUGCAGAAUCCACAACUUUUAUGGGUCCCUUUGUUGGUUCCAUGAAUCCACUUGCAAAAUUUAGAACCCUAUUAAGUUACAGUUGAUAAUCCAGAACUCUGAUGGAUCACAACAAACAAUCAAGAACCUACAUGGAUUCCACUUGAAAACUGUCAUUGAUUCUAUAGCAGGUCCUUGAACCCUUUUGGAUCCCAACCCAGAAUCAAGUACCCUCUUGAAUCCACCUGAAAAUUCCAGAACUCUAAUUGAUCAUAAAGCAGAUCUUAGAACCUUUUUGAAUAACAUGGCAGAAUCCAAAACCCUCAUUGAUCCAAAAGAAGAGGCUAGACCGUCAUGGAUUAUAAGGCACAAUCUAAAACCGUCAUCGAUCCAAUGCAGAGUCUAGAACCCAAAUGAUUCUGCAGAAUCCAGAACCCCCAUGGUACUCACUGCAGAACUAAAAGCCCUGGAUCCACCUGCAAAAUCUCAAACCAGUUUUGAUCACAACCCAAAGCCAAGACCCUUCAUGGAUCACACUGCAAAAUCCAGAACUCUCACAGAUAACAAAGUGGAUUUCAGAACCCUCAUGGAGCAUAUGUAAGGAUCCAGAACCUUCAUAAAUCACAACCCGUAAUACAGAACCUCCUCAGAUUCCUCUGCAGGAUCCAGAAUCUUCAUGGAUCAUACUACCUAAUCCAGAACUUCCUGACUGCCUAAAAUCCAGUAUUCUUUUGGAACACUUCACACAAGGCCAAGAACCCACAUGGAUCCCACUAGAACCUUAGUGAAAGGCAAUGCAAAAUCAAGUAUCCUCAUGGACCACAAAGCAGAUUUUAGAACCCUCAUGGAUCACAAUGUAGAAUCCAAAACCCCGAAACCUCAUUGAUUACAAUACAAGCUUCUGAUUCCUCAUUGAGCUCAGAUUAGAAUCCAGAGCCUUCUUAGAUUCCACAGCAGAGUCCAGAGCCCUUUUGGACCACAUCUAUGAGAACCCUCAUAGAUCAUGUCUUGUGGUCUUGUGAUGCCCUCUCUACUGCAGUGGGAAAAAAAAUCUUCUACACAUCACGUCUGUACAAUGACACCUGAAUGCACCACGUGUUAGUUGACUGCCUUGCUCGGUCCUCCUCACUCUAAAGACCUGCCCCUCCACUUGUACUGACAAAUCACCUGUUGGCAUGGACCUGAGGUGGACUGGAGACUGAAGCAGCUUUGGACGGACUGAUGAUGACGCAGAGACACGUGAAUGUAGGCAGAAGCAACGGGACCUGACAGAACCGGAGUUGACUCCAGAAGGAUUUAUUCUCCGUUUUUUUUUCUUUCUUUUUUUUUUUUUUACUGUUCUAUGAUGUCAUCAUAGCUACAUUAUAUUUAAACCAAGGCGGAAUGUAGUUUGCACAAGGAAUUGUUUUCUGUCAGAAACUACAUCAGUGGUUUUGUUGUGUUGCUUAAAAUCAAAAAAUCUUCAAUAUGAAUGUUCAAUGUGUAGCCAUCUCACUUGGGUUAAAGGUCAACCUGUCAUUAAGGUUAAGGAGCAGAGGGAAAUUAUGCAAACUGAAAAAAAGCUCCUGACCUGAAUGUUUCGCUGUGUCAGCACAACAGACCCACUUCUACCCACAUUGACUCAGCAACAGUUGACAUCACACCAUGUGCUGAAAUAGUCCUGUUUUUUUAAAGGAAACUGCAUUUAAACAAUCAGAUCCACAUAUGGAGUUAAAAGAUUACCAGAUCUGGAUUAUCAGUGGCUACAAGCUUAGUCUAUUGGGGUACCAAAACCCACUCAGACUGAAAGACCCUCACAGGUGUUAAAAUCAAACAUCAUAUAUUUGAUAUUUGCAGGAGUAUAUUUGAAUUACUGAAGGGAUUGACACUGAGGUGACUGAGGAAGCGAACAUGCACCGAGCAGUGAGCUGAUCCGGUUUAUUGAAUCCUGGUUUUUCAAUGGC